UUUUGAAGGCAGGUCGUCCGGUUUUCCUGUGAUUUUGCGCUUUAACGGUCCGGACGAGACACCGGAUUUAUGUGUUUCCAUAUGACCGGACUUUCAUUCACAGCGGGGCUCACAAAACACACGCUGCUGUCUGUGAGUGGAGUACCAGACCGAGAGAGAGAGAGAGAAAGAGAGAGAGAGAGAGAGAGAGAGAGAGAGAGAGAGAGAGAGAGAGAGUCCAGAUGAAAGUGUGUGAUCUGCUGCAGGAGAAGGAGAGGGGAGCGCGCGCACCGGGGAGGGUUUUUUAAAUUUUUAUGGUUCUCGGAUCAUAAACUCUCGCGGACUUUAUAAACAUGCACCUUCUGGGAUUAUCUCUCUCACUGGCUUAUCUCCUGUACUCAAACCUCGCCAGCGACUUCAGCCACAGAGAAUAUUAUGAUUACUACGAGCACGAGCAGAUGGACGAGCCGGACUCUCCACCAAAACCUGACAUGGAGGAGAAGUUACGCUCAGCCUCCAGCGUCGAUGAACUCAUGAGUCUCAUUUAUCCUUCGUACUGGGCGUCCCUGAAGUGCAGAUCCAAACUUUCUGCCGCCGCCUCAUCGGCCUCCAAACUCUCCCCGCGGCCUCAGCCUCGCAGACAGAGACCGCCGGCUGAAACAGAGGAGCCCACGUUCGCCGCUGCCUACCUCAACCUGGAUCUCCUCAAGAGUAUAGAGUUGGAGUGGAGGAAGACUCAGUGCAUGCCCAGGGAAGUGUGUGUCGACGUGGGCAGGGAGUUCGGGGCUCCCACCAACAUCUUCUAUAAACCGCCGUGUGUGUCCGUCUACAGAUGUGGAGGGUGCUGCCACUCUGAGGACAAACAGUGUCGGAAUAUCUCCACCGGAUACCUCAGCAAAACGCUGUUUGAGAUCACAGUACCGAUCACCCAGGGCACCAAACCAGUGACCAUCAGCGUGGCAAACCACACCCAGUGCAGCUGUCUGUCCAAACUGGACGUCUACAAACAGGUCCACAGCAUCAUCAGGAGAGCCCUGCCUGAGUGUCCGAUCGCCAACAGGACGUGCUCUCCUGGUCAGACGUGGAGCAGCGGGCAGUGUCGAUGUGUCAGCAUAACAGGCACAAACCUACACCACCACAACCCGCCUCCCCCACCACUGCCCCCUCCAAGGCCCUCACAGCAGCACCUCGCAGAUGUAUGCGGCCCUGAUAAGGAGCUGGAUGUGGAAACCUGUCAGUGUGUGUGUCAGCACAGGGAUCAAACGCAAGACUGUGGCCCUCACCGACACCUCGACCGCAACACCUGCAAGUGUGUUUGCAACAUCUCCCCGCCCCUUUCCUGCCCGCUGAACCACGUGUUCAACAAGGACACCUGUCAGUGCGCGUGUAUCAAGACGUGUCCGAGGCACCAGCCACUCAAUAAAGCAAAAUGUUCCUGCGAAUGUAACGAGUCACCCAACAAGUGUUUCCUAAAAGGACGAAGGUUUCAUCCAGCCACAUGCAGUUGUCUCCGGCCUCCCUGUGAAGUAAGGAGGCGACGGUGUGAGCCAGGUUUCUCCUUCAGUGAGGAAGUGUGUCGCUGCGUACCGUCCCACUGGAGGCGGCUGGACUAAAAGAUGCAAACGUGCAGAUUAAAAAAAACUGAACAAGUAGACCUGAUCACCCAGCCCCUGUAGACCUGCUAUCCAAACCAGCUGUGAGGCAGCUAAACGAGCGGACCCUGGUGAACAUGGGGAGAAAUCGAUGAUUGGACAGCAGAUUUGGGAACUCUGAAAAUUUGAAGGUGGGAUAUGCACUGAAGCGGCUAUGAAGACAUUUUAAUGGGAGAGCGGCUUACCGGAGCCCGGAAAUGGAAGUACAAACUAAAAGAGAGUAGACACUUGUUAUAAAUAUUGUCUAAAAUAUGUGUUUUAAAAUAUUCGGGGGGUUUUGUAUUAAUUAUGUCUUAUUAUUCUUAUGUCAAAUAUUGAUUAUAUAAUUUAUUAAAUGUUAUUGUUCAAGCUCUGUUUAUUGCAGUUUCAAUCCUUUUCCAUGAAAAUAC